GACGGUACCUUAUCACUGACGAACACUGACGAAGCUCGGUCAGCUCGGACGGAACGUCACCAGGUUAUGUUACGCUUGGAUGUACAUAAACAACUUACGCAUUCCUGAUCGAAAAUGAGCCUCGUGGCGUACGGUAGCAGCGACGAGGGUUCCGAGAAUGAGGAGGACGAGCCCACGAAACCGAUCAUCGCGAAUAACGAUACGAAUAAUGACACAACCGAGGCGGUGGCCAUGCAAAUAAACACAAAGUUGUCCUUACCUGCUCCAAGAGUAGUCCAGCAAAGUACACACAAUGAGGAUGAGGAAGAAGAGAACGACGGUAUCGUACAGCAUAACUUCCAGUGCUUUCUCAGCGCGUUACCAAAACCCAGAGAUCCCACUUCCACGGGUAACGUCGAGGAGGUAGAGGAUGAUAUUCUGUUGAAGAAAGAAACGAAAAGUCAAAUUCCACAGCCAGCAAAAAGGCAGACUGUGAAAAUAUCAGUGCCUUCCUUAUCGGAUUUUAAGGAUCUCGAGGAGGAGGAGGAGGAGGAGAGCAAGAAGAAACCAGCCAAGAUCAUACAAUCAUCACAGAAAGGCUGUGGACUCUUUACCCUCUUAACAGCACCAAAAAAAGAAACUGAGAGGAACAAGAUUCUGAUACCUCAAACUGUCAAGAAUGCAAUAGUAAAAAAUGUUCAACAGUCAAAAGUAACAAAAAAAUCCAGUAUAAGUCAGAACGAUUCUAAAGUAAGGAAGCCAACUUCAGAUAAAUCACAUAACGAGUUGAGCUCUGAUGAGGAAGACACAAUAGACUUCUUUGGACUUACCCCGAGUAAAGAUAUACCAGAUAGUUCCACGGAACUAUCCUUGGAUGAUUUUACACAUAAACCAAGUGUUGAAGCUUCGCUUAUAAAACAUAUCGAAGAUUCCAACUCUUCCUCUACCAAUUCUGAUACAAACUUAACCAAUAAUCUGUCAAGCGAUUCAAGCAAAAUGUUAAUAAGUAAUGUUAUAAAUCUACCUAAAGAGGAGAUUUUGUUGAAAAACAAAACUGAGGUUGGCCCGAAGCUGCCUGUCCCUGAACAAGAAUACAAUGUCGAUGUGGAGGGUAAUGUCGCCUUCGACGAGAAGGCGAUCGAGUAUCUCUGUGGUAAACGGGGCGUGAAACGCAAGGAGCUCGAGGAAGCGGACAUAAUCGAGAUAAGUGGAGAGGACAUAAAACCGGAUGAAAGGGAGUGGCUGGUGAAGGCUCUGACGGAGGAGACUGUGCACAGACCAGUGUCUAUGCAGAGCGGCGGCAUGAGCUCGCAGUCCAAGAAGAAGCAUCAAAUUACGUAUCUGGCACAUCAAGCCAAAGCCAUGGAGUUAGAGCUCAAGAAUCAGUGGGCACAGAAUAAGAUGGCACGGAAACAGGCAAAAUCGAAGUAUGGUUUCUAAAGACAGAAUUUGUACAAGUUUUUCUUUAAUAUUUAAAACGCAUAUAAUUCUUUUUUAUUUUUAAGAUAAAUUAAUGGCAUCUGUAUGAAAAACAAUAUUGCAAAUAUAUAUAUAUUAAGUUGAGUUAUA